AUGUCGAAAUUGGAGGAGCAGUUGAGAGCGCGAUUAUUGGAUCGUGAGAAACGGUCUCAAUUGCGGCGAUUGACGACGUUUCCAGCUGACAAUGUCGACUUUUCGUCCAAUGCAUACCUCUCUCUCUCGUCGGUACCUGAAAUUCGAAGCGCGUAUCACUCCCUGCUUGAGAAUCAUGCAGCGCCGCCUCCGCUGUUAGGGUCCGGAGGGUCACGGCUGCUCGACGGCAAUUCAACCCUGGCAGAGAAUCUGGAGAGAGACAUUGCGGCAUUUCACAACGCGGAUGCUGGGUUGUUGUUUAAUUCGGGGUUUGAUGCGAAUGUUGGUCUUGUGAGCUGUUUACCACAAACGGGGGAUGUUGUUGUGUAUGAUGAGCUGAUUCAUGCAAGUGCUCAUGAUGGGAUGCGAUUGAGUCGCGCGGGGCGGAGAGUAUCGUUCAAGCAUAAUUGCGUGUAUGGAGAGGGGGGCCUUGAUGAAGUUUUGAGUGGAAUUGGGGGCGAGAAAUCUGUGUUUAUUCUUGUUGAAGGUGUUUACAGUAUGGAUGGCGACGUUGCUCCUCUUAAAGAGAUUGUGGCAUGCGUCAAAAGUCGACUCCCAACCAAUGGCUACAUCAUCGUUGACGAGGCGCAUUCUACCGGCAUUUUUGGCCAUCAAGGACGCGGUCUCGUAUGCGAAUUGGGUUUGGAGAAGGAGAUAUUCGCACGCUUGCAUACGUUUGGCAAGGCAAUGAGUUCGUUUGGAGCUAUUGUUCUGUGCUCACCCACGACACGAGAGUAUCUCAUAAACUACGCACGAACUCUUAUCUACACGACUGCAAUGCCAUUCUCCUGUCUCGCGAGCAUCGGCAUCUCAUAUCAGUAUCUGCAGAGCGGAAGGGCUGAUGAGAGGUUGAAGCAUCUCUGGAAUCUGGUUAGCUACACGCACAAGCUACUGGCGGAAGCAUGCUCCCUCAGCCAAUCAAUUCGCGCGGAGGCAGCACCGAAAUCACCAAUUAUACCAGUUUUUACAUCGCAGCCACGCAGCCUAGCUCAGUUCUGUCAGGAACGAGGGUUCACAGUCCGCCCAAUCGUGGCGCCGACAGUACCGAAGGGCAGCGAGAGGGUGAGGAUCUGUGUGCAUGCAGGGAACACGGUUGCGGAAGUGGAGGGAUUGGUUGAGACGAUCAAGCUUUGGGUGCAGGUUCAUGAGGGGUCUGCUAAACUAUAG